ACACAUAAACCCAAUAAACAUUAGAACUAGAUUAUACUAUACAUUACUUUAAAAAAUUCCUCAACGAAACGUCUGUGCAAACUUUUACGAGACGGGAAUCUUGUAAGAAAUGUCAGUUGAAGAUGGCAGCCAGUAUGAGAAGGGUAACAGCAAGUCUAGCUGUUCCUCCGAUAAAAAAACUGGCAGUAGUGAAGAUGAUAGAAAACCAGAAGCUAACUCUGUUGAUGUUUCAACUUGGAAAAGGCUAGAAACUCAAGUUGGUGGGCAUUUAUUUGCACACGGAGACCACAAGCAGCAGAAACCAGGAAUGGUUGAUCUAGGUAAUGGAUUUGUGUUGAAAGCCUUACAAAAUCCACCUCGGGGCUUAAGAGAACUAAACUUUUAUCAGAAAGUUUUUGAUCCAGACUGUACAGACCCAGAUUUGUUGGAGCUUCAGAAGUUUCUCCCUUCAUUUGAUGGAGUUCAUGAGGAGAAUGGAGUGAAGUUUUUGAAGCUGGCCAACUUGACAUCAGGUUUCAAACACCCUUGUGUGAUAGAUCUUAAGAUGGGAAAAGUGACCUAUGACCAAGAAGCAACCCCUGAAAAAAUUGCCCAGGAAAUCGCAAAGUAUCCACCAUUAAAAAAUAUUGGCUAUCAAAUCACAGGGAUGAUGAUGUAUGAUGCCAAAACAAAAUCAAAUGAGAAGUAUGAUAAGCAGUUUAAUAACAAACUUAAUGAGGAAACUAUGGUAACUGAAGGUCUAGGAAAGUUCUUCAGGAUGGAUAAGAGUGAGCCAAGAAAAGAUGCCAUACAGCCCAUCCUAUCCAAGCUAAUCAAACUGGAGUCCUGGUUCUUAAAACAAACGAAAUUCACAUUUGUUGCCAGUUCCAUCUUCAUGGUUUAUGAAGGUGCCAAAUUUAUUAAAGCUAAACCCUCAAGAUCCACCCAGUCUAAUACCACAAAGAAUAUCAAUGAUAACAAUGAUAAUACAAUUGUUGUUGACGAGCCUUGUAAGACGUCAUCCUCAAACCAGCUGAAAAGAAUCAACAGUGAUGGUAUACUCUGUGAUGUUGAAACUAAAAGAUCCAAGCUAUCUGAUGACGAUUUGAUUACAGAAACAAUCAUAAACUCCACAGAGAAGAAAAUUGCUGAAGUCCAUCUCAUUGACUUUGCCCAUGUUUUUCCUACGAAGGAUACAGACCAUAAUUUUCUCUUUGGUUUGCAAAACUUAAUCAAGGGGUUACAGAAUCUUUUAAAAUAGUUUAGCUUAAUCAAAAAUAUUUUUAACUUACUAGCCAAAAUAAUAGUCUAUAUUAUUAACCUUAAGUGUGUAUAGAUUUCUGCAGAAGACACUUAGGUAUGCUUAAGUACGUAUAGAUAUCUACAGCAAGAAAGAUGAUAAGACUCAGGAAAUUUCUUGUAUUAUAGCUGUGUAUGCUAAAUAUUUAUUCAACACUGCUCUUAAAAAAUUUAUUCAUUUUAAGAUUUUGAAAUAUUCUGAUGUAUUAAAGAAAUGAGAUUGUACUAUAUGAAAUAUUUCAAUAUAUUUUAAAAUUGUAAAUUUCAAAGUUUAUAGUAUUAUUUAUCAUCUUUAUUCUAAUAAAUGGUGAUUAGUUCUCUUUAUUGAAAUAGAUCUUAUAGCU